GUUUGAUCUUGACCAUACCCACACGUUUUCUGUGAUAUCGGCAACACAGUGACAGUUUACCGAUGCUAAGAACUACAUAUAACAGAUAUUGCUAUAGUGCUGACUCUUAUUGUUACUUCUAGGUGCACAACUUUCACAUUCGUAUGCCUCCGUAAUUUUUAUCAGAUUUCUGCAGCAAUUAUGUUUCGUUCAUUUCUUCAAAUUGCCAAGUUGGCCAAACCACUGAGCACUCAGCCUUGUCCAAACUGCCUGCAGCGACUGAUACCUGCCCCCUUGAACCUUCAGCCAGUCAGGACAACCGUCAUAAUUGAAAGGGUAAAUGAGGUGCCACUGCAUAAGGAAACCAAACAGCCACGUCUCAAAACACGACAUUAUAUCUACAAAGCCUCUAACGACCAGAGACACAUACGUUUGGUCAAAGCCAGGGUCAUCCUUCUAAAGAAUGUCAAGUAUGUCGGAAGACCUGGAGAUGUACUUAGCAUACCCCAAACCAUGUUUUACCGCAAAUUGUAUCCGACGGGACAUGCAGUCUUUGCAACUGAAGCCAACUUGGAACUCUAUGAUUACAUGAUUAAGAAACGAGAAAUAAAAGCUCAGAAAACAAAGGAAAAGGCCAGAGAAAUCGUCCGAGCAGAGCAGCUUGCCAACGAACUAAUGGGGAUGCGAUUGCCUAUCGCCCUGAGUAAGACUUCCGACUGUCCAGUGACUCCCUCGCAUGUGUUGGUUGCUCUCUGGAAAGCGGGAAUAGAAGCUAAGGAAAGCUGCAUCAAGAUACCGGAUGAUCCAGUUACAGGGGAUGACGAGUUACCACUCUCACUCACGAUUAAUGGUGAAUACACAGCCGAGUUUACAGGAGUAAUAUACCGCGUGGGCAGAGACAGUGACCAUCUAAUUCCAAGUCAGCUGGAGGGCUUUCUCAAACAUACGUCAAAAAUGAAGAAAGGUGCCCAAGUAUUGACGGAUGAGAGUUCAUGAAAAUGUUAAUGAUGAUAAGAAUCGGACAAAAUUUUUGUGAUGACAGUUAUAAUGAAGAUGAAAUUAAUGAGUGCUGAAGUCUGUGUAGUGAAAAACAUUAAAACAUAUAAUGGACAUGUG